GGACGCGUGCACGAGUACGCCGCGCGGUCACGUCGUAGGCUCUUCUGUCACGAGCUUUAUCCAAGCGGCGGAGUGGAGGCUGGAGAAUUAGAGCGGACAUCAAUUAUACAGGACAGCUUAUUUCGCUCAUUUAGUGCGUGUUCGACAGAACAGGGCGUCGUUCAGCUCGCUGCUUGGCAGUUAAGACUCUCCGCUGAGUGUUUCCGGUCAGCCGGUGAUGUAUUCCAGCGUUUGAACGAUAUUGCUAGCCAGCUAGCUAGCUAGCUGUGAAGCUAGCUUUACGGUGCGUGACUCGAAGUAACUUAACGUUCUGCUCCCGAAGGUUAUUUUCAUUAGCACGUCCGACUGCAGUUACCAGAAGGACAUCCAAACAGUCGGUGUUUGUAACUUUGGUUAGUGAAUAUUGUCGGUGUGCGCGCGGAGCUCCUAAUCCUAGCUAGAUAAGGAUUGAAUGAAAUAACGUUAGCUCGCCAUAGCCAGCGGAAACGAGCCAGUUACCAGGGAUAACGUGAAAUUCUCCUGCUGCUGCUGCUUCAUCCACCACAUCCAGCUAAUCUAGCGAAUGCUAUCGGAGCUCGCCCCGCACAGGCACACUGUGAAGUCGAUCAUAGAGCUGGAGUAGACGGAUAGACCUGCGAAGAAGCUAGCUACUACCAAACGUCAAGUUGGCCGUCUUCCAGUCCAGUCCAGUCCAGUGUGAGAAGCUGACCGACGUCAGUUCAAUUCUACGGAUAAGGCCGGAGUGAGGACGGAAAGCUGCGAACAUGCCGGCGGUGUCGAAAGGAGACGGAAUGCGCGGAUUAGCGGUUUUCAUCUCGGACAUCAGAAACUGUAAGAGCAAGGAAGCAGAGAUAAAGCGCAUCAAUAAAGAGCUGGCCAACAUUCGCUCCAAGUUUAAAGGCGACAAGGCUCUGGAUGGUUACAGCAAGAAAAAGUAUGUCUGCAAGCUGCUCUUCAUCUUCCUCCUUGGCCAUGACAUUGACUUUGGACACAUGGAGGCAGUCAACUUGCUGAGCUCCAACAAGUACACAGAGAAACAGAUCGGCUACCUGUUCAUUUCAGUGCUGGUAAACAGCAACAGUGAGUUGAUCCGUCUGAUCAACAAUGCCAUCAAGAACGACCUGUCCAGCCGCAACCCCACCUUCAUGUGCCUGGCGCUUCACUGUAUUGCGAAUGUGGGAAGCCGUGAGAUGGCUGAAGCCUUUGCCAGCGAGAUCCCUCGGAUUCUGGUUGCUGGUGAUACGAUGGACAGUGUGAAACAGUCAGCUGCCCUGUGUCUGCUGCGCCUCUAUAAGACCUCUCCUGACUUGGUGUUGAUGGGCGAGUGGACGUCACGUGUGGUGCACCUGCUCAACGACCAACACAUGGGUGUGGUGACAGCAGCCAUCUCUCUCAUCACUUGUCUGAGCCAGAAGAAUCCAGAUGAGUUCAAGACCUGUGUUUCCCUGGCUGUUUCUCGACUCAGCAGGAUUGUGUCGUCGGCCUCCACUGACCUUCAGGAUUACACCUACUACUUUGUCCCAGCACCGUGGCUCUCCUGCAAGCUUCUGCGCCUGCUGCAGUGCUACCCUCCACCAGAAGAUGGCGCUGUCAAGGGCCGUCUGGUAGAAUGUCUGGAAACCAUCCUCAAUAAGGCCCAGGAGCCACCAAAAUCCAAGAAGGUGCAGCACUCCAAUGCCAAGAAUGCUAUCCUGUUUGAGGCUAUCUCACUUAUCAUCCACUAUGACAGUGAGCCAAACCUGCUGGUGCGAGCCUGUAACCAACUGGGCCAGUUCCUGCAGCACAGAGAGACUAACCUGCGCUACCUGGCUCUGGAAAGUAUGUGUACUCUGGCCAGCUCCGAAUUUUCCCAUGAAGCCGUCAAGACACACAUCGAGACCGUGAUCAACGCCCUCAAGACUGAGAGGGAUGUGAGUGUUCGACAGAGGGCAGCGGAUCUGCUGUAUGCCAUGUGUGAUCGCAGCAAUGCCAAGCAGAUCGUAGCCGAGAUGCUCAGCUAUCUUGAGACAGCAGACUACUCCAUCAGAGAGGAGAUGGUGCUAAAAGUGGCCAUACUUGCAGAGAAGUAUGCCGUCGAUUACUCCUGGUAUGUGGACACUAUUCUCAACCUCAUUCGCAUUGCUGGUGACUAUGUCAGCGAAGAGGUGUGGUAUCGUGUCAUCCAGAUCGUCAUCAACCGAGACGAUGUGCAGGGCUACGCUGCCAAGACAGUCUUUGAGGCUUUGCAGGCUCCUGCUUGCCAUGAAAACAUGGUGAAGGUUGGAGGCUACAUUCUGGGAGAGUUUGGUAACCUUAUUGCUGGUGACCCACGCUCCAGCCCCCUGGUUCAGUUUAACCUUCUGCACUCCAAGUUCCAUCUGUGUUCCGUGCCCACCCGUGCCCUGCUGCUGUCAGCCUACAUCAAGUUUAUCAACCUAUUCCCAGAGACUAAGGCCACCAUCCAAGAGGUUCUGCGCUGCGACAGCCAGAUCCGCAACUCAGAUGUGGAACUGCAGCAACGUGCUGUCGAGUAUCUGAAACUUUCUUCUAUCGCGAGUACCGACGUCCUGGCCACUGUCCUGGAGGAGAUGCCUCCUUUCCCAGAGAGGGAGUCAUCAAUCCUGGCUAAGUUGAAGAAGAAGAAGGGGCCUGGUGCUGUUUCUGUGACAGAGCUGGAAGACAACAAGAGAGAGGGUGGCGAGUUGAAUGGAGGGGGUGACCGAGGGCCAGACACAGCAGCCAUGGCUGCCUCCAACGCUUCAACCCCAUCACCAUCAGCAGACCUCCUCGGGAUUCGUUCUGCUGCCCCCAUUGGUGCUGCCCCAGCCAACGCUGGCAGCCUAUUGGUGGAUGUGUUUUCUGAGGCAGGGCCUGCCGCACCAUCUGCUGCUGUGAAUGACGACGGCUUCCUAAGAGAUCUGGAACAGCCCACAGAGACCUCUGACUCCCUAUUGGUGGAGGGUUCUGGUGAUUCGGACUCUGCUCCUCCCUCUGAGGAUCCUGCCCCUCCUCUGUCUGAGGCAGACGAACUUCUCAACAAGUUUGUGUGCAAGAAUAAUGGAGUUCUGUUUGAGAAUCAACUGCUACAGAUCGGCAUCAAGUCAGAGUAUCGCCAGAAUCUGGGGAGAAUGUACUUAUUCUACGGUAACAAGACAUCAGUGCAGUUUGCCAGCUUCACCACCACAGUCAGCUGUCCUGGGGAGCUCCAGUCUCAGCUCAAUGUUCAGACCAAACCAGUGGAACCACUGGUAGAGGGUGGAGCUCAGAUCCAACAGGUCCUCAACAUCGAGUGUCUGACUGACUUCUCUGAUGCCCCACUGCUCAACAUCAAGUUCAGAUAUGGUGGAGCGCUGCAGAACCUGACCCUCAAGUUGCCUGUCACCAUCAACAAGUUCUUCCAGCCAACUGAGAUGACCUCACAUGACUUCUUCCAGCGCUGGAAACAGCUUAGCCAGCCUCAGCAAGAAGCCCAAAAGAUAUUUAAGGCCAACCACAGCAUGGACACUGAAGUACUUAAGGCUAAGCUACUGGGACUAGGAACGGCCCUGCUGGACAACGUCGAUCCAAACCCGGAGAACUAUGUUUGUGCUGGAGUGAUUCAGACUAAGGGCCAGCAGGUUGGCUGUCUGCUAAGACUGGAACCAAAUGCCCAGGCUCAGAUGUACCGUCUGACUCUGCGCUGCAGCAAGGACUCUGUGUCCAGGCGUCUCUGCGAGCUGCUGGCCGAACAGUUCUAGAGUCCAGACCUACCAUGACCAGUACUCCCACCAUCCCCACCAGCGACCUCUCCCUCGAGCCCUCCUGCCACACCUUUCCUCCUCCCUCCAACAAAGAAUCUUUGAGUAAAAAAAAGUUGUAACCUACAUAAGGGAAAAAGCAGCCACUGCUAGCAGCAGCGGCAUUAUUAUUGUCAUUAUUCUUGUCCCAGAUUCUGAUUCCAGUUCAUCUUCUUCUUGUUUAUUAACAUGAUGCUAUAUUCUUGAUUUUGUUGGUGUUUACCUGUGCGUGCGUGCGUGCGUGCGUGCGUGCGUGCGUGCGGCGUGCGUGCGUGCGUGCGUGUGUGUGUCCCAUGGUUGUACUGGGGUCCCAUUUUGCUCCAUCCUUACUCUGUGUGUGUGCGAUUUUAUUUGAAUUGCUAGAACAUUCCUUGAAGUCAACUUGGUAAAGCUGUUGAUCACGCACAUGCACUCGCCCCCGCGCUGCACAUUCACACACUUUUUCACACACACUCACACUCACACGCACAGUGGUUCUGGUAGGACUGACUGAUGAAGUGAGACCUGAGGGUCCAGCACUCUGAUCUGUGCUGCUUUUGCCCACUAAUUUCUGUGAAGCAUUCCAACUGAAAAAUGUGCUUUGGAUCCUCUUUGAGGCCCUCCGGCAUGAACCCCCCUACUUUAUCACCUGAUCCCACUCCUGAAGCCCUGUAGUAAUUAAUUUCAAUGAACGAGUACACUUCUUUAUGUUCUUGAUGUGUAUGUAAAUAUGUGCCAGUGUAUUACUUUAUUGCUUUCUGAGACAUUCCCAUCAUACUGGUUUAGAAGGCCUGAGAUUAUCUGAUCCAAGCCGCCCAGCAGGAGGAUAGCACAGAAUGGACACUAUGUAGCUGAUGGGUACAGGGAGGAGACUCGUAUUAAAACACAGUCAGUGACAGUCUGUUAAAAAACAGUCUUGUCUGUGAGAUUUCUGCUUUAUUAUAAGCAUUUCCAAACAUUUACAAGAAAGAAAACUUUAGUUAUGAGGACUAACACAUAUCUGAUUAAGUUCCCCACCUCUAAUGAAGAUCAUCACACAGCUGCUUCUCUUAGCUUUUCAAUGGUAGGCACCUCCAUCUUAAAGGAUGCUGGUGGUGGCUGAGGUUGCAGCACCAGUGUUUAUAUAGAGUCCUAUUGAUUUUCCAGCACCAACAUGUUUGAUUUUAUUCCAGGCAAGACACAGAAUAGUCUGAUGUACAUAUGCAUACAUUCAUAUUCCUGCGCCUGCAGCCAAGCAUUUAUAGAGGAGAUCAAUGCCAACACACACAAUUGACACACAACCACUACAAUACACGUUUAGAGAACACAGAUGUCCAACAAGCUGAAAAUGUUUGGAUCCACAGUUUUUUAACUCUUCCCAGGCUUCCUCUCACGCACAAGCACUGAUGUCGUGAGAGAGGAUAGGAUGUAUGACACCCAGAUGUCCAUUACAACUACAGGGGACUCUAUAUGUGUGUGUGAAUGUGUGUGUGGCUGUAAGCAGGUAAGAAAAAAAAAAAAAAAAAAAAAAGCCUAAAGACAUUUCUAAUACAUGGUCACAUUACAUUCUGUGGCUGCACAGCAAUCACAGGACAUUGAACUUUGUUGUGGAAAAUGUAGUCAUUUUGUCAUUCUGUGAGUGUAUGUGAGUUUGUGUGUGGGUGUGUCUAUGCAGUAUCCACUAGCUAAUGCAGCCUCAUGUAUCGGUGUUAAGAACCUGUCCAAUACCUGUGUUAGAAUUAAGAGUUACUCUGUAAUGAAAAAAUGUGAAAGUAAAACUAUGCCAUAUAUCCAA